UAUAUGUGAACGGACUGGUUAAUUGCACAAGCAGCCGAUUCAUAUAGGUGGCAAGCGGUGUGUACGGAUUCUUAAACUGGUAGUCUUACCGUCCGUGCUUUGUGAAAAACAGAAAACACACAACAGUGAUGCGUUACAUAAUCCGAGUGUUAAUAAUGUAUCCCGUAUGAGACGAUACUUAGUGAGUGCUCCUCAUCUCUGACACCCUCAAGAGGUGCAGAAUUAUUCCCAAUAACCGCAAUUGAGUUAUUGUUGACGUGAAAUCCCUGUUAACGACAAGUGAGAGGGGUCAGGAAAGCGUCUUAUCAGCGCCUGACCAUUCUGUGGAGUCUUAUACCCCUGUCGUGAAGUGGAUUCACCGGCGUUCGUCAUGCGGCGCGCCCGGACUCACAGUGGGAGGGAAGAGUGAGGUUAUCCACCCACCACCCCCCACCUGGAUCCAUCUGUGGUUUCGCGAUCGUUGAUUGCAGUAUUUCCAGUGUCAUCAGCCAGUCGCCCAUAUAUACGGGAUUGCAGAAGAUUUGACAUUCAGUGGAGGCGACAUCGUAUCAGCGCAUAGCCUACAGUGGGAGGGAAGAUUGACGUCACCCACACGCCGACACCCACCCCACAACAGAUAGCAGCUAGAUGGAUCGCGUUUUCUUUACAGACGCCUAACUCCUGUAAUACUAUCAACUCGGCGGUGGUGAUGGUGGUGGUGGUGGUGGUGGUGGUGGGGACAACCCUGGCCCGCCCCUCCAACCCUUACGCCCCCCCGCCCUCUGAUGUUCCUGCAGAGUAUCAGUUCAACUAUGGUGUGAAAGACGACUACUACGGCAACGAGUACAGCCAUACUGAAGACCGUAGCGGCUACAGCUCCAGCGGUCAGUACCAGGUUCUCCUCUCAGACGGUAGAAUCCAGACGGUAGAGUACACAGUGACCAAAGAUGGUGGCUUCCAGGCUAACGUUGUGGCCAAGGGGGUGAAGACCUAUGCUUAGACGUUCUCUCUAGGCCUUCUUCGUCGUCACCAUCUUCUUCCUCGUCUUCGUCGUGUCCUUCUCCAUCUCCUAGUCUGUUAUCUCCUCAGUUCGCCUAUGAUAACAACUGCAUCUGUUUGUGUAUCUCAUGGAACCUCUUCAAUAAAUGUAUCUACACGUGU